AUGUCUAAUGUGAAGAGAGCAUUGCGGCAGUUUACGUUCGGAAGUGGCAAGACCGCCGGCCGCAACUCGUCGAGGCACAUAACGUCGUUUCACAGAGGCAGUGAAGCUAAGCGGCUGCAACGAACUGUAGAUCUCAAAAGGAACACCACUUCUUCCUUGGGUGUCGUCAAACGGAUCCAGUACGAUCCUAACCGUUCUUCCAACAUCGCACUCGUUUGCUGGCUACAAGGCGUCCACCAUCGCCAACGUCGCGCCGGCACCGAUGCCGUGUCCUGCUUGUUCAAGCUCCUAGCCCUCAAUCCCAUUGUCACUAACAGUGACAACAUUCGUGGCAUUUAG